AUGAAAGUGUCUGGUUUCGGUACACUGAAGAAGCUACGGUUUUUUGGUAGUUUUGAUAUGAUGAGUACUUCUGCAAAUUUUGGCUUAAAUGUUUUUAUUUCGCAGUUGAAGGAAAUGUUAUUUCAGGUAAAAGGAAAGUGUACAACAGACCAUAUCAGUGCUGCUGGACCCUGGUUGAAAUUCCGUGGUCAUUUGGAUAAUAUUUCAAAUAAUCUAUUCUUAACUGCUGUCAAUGCGGAAAAUGAUGAAAUGAACAAGGUAAUUAUAGUUGUUGAGUACUGGACUUUAUUUAUUAGAUUAUGGGAAAGAAUUUCUAAUUAUAAAGUUCGCAAUCAUUUGACGGGCAAGUAUGAUACGGCAUCUCAAACGACACGUCACUAUAAGUCGGAUGGAGUAGCUUGGAUAGCAGUGGGUGACGAAAACUAUGGUGAAGGCUCAUCUCGUGAACAUGCAGCUUUAGAACCUAGACAUUUCGGUGGACGUGCAAUUAUUGUAAAAACCUUUCUCGGAUUCACGCCAGACGACAAGAUAUCAAUUGUUGGUUUGAAUGAUUUUGCACCUGGCAAGCCAUUAAAAUGCAUCUUGAAACACGUUGAUGGUAAAAAGGAGGAGAUCUGGCUGUCUCACAGUUUUAAUGCGGCUCAAAUCGAAUGGUUUAAGGCUGGCUCAGCACUGAAUCAUAUGAAAGCAAUGAAGAAAAAGUGA